AUGGACGGAAACUUAACGGAGGAGGCUCUGUUGCCUCCUCAUGACAAAGCCAAGUUCUCAGGAUCGAAGAGAAGGAGAGAAAAUGAAUCUCCCGAGAAUAUCCCAACUGACGGCAGACCACCUCGGGAAAGGCCCGUGAACUACUUUGGAAAUGGCUGGAAUAUAAAUCGUAAACGACAAGCCAUACGGGCCCCAUUGUUUUUCAAGAUCAAAAAAAUCAACGGUCCCGAUUAA